UCGCAAAUAUUAAUAAUAACAUAUCUUUUGUCAAUAAAGUUAAAAUACAACUUCACCACUUAAGUCAUCAUUUUUACGCUUAACAGACUUCUUUGACUUUAGAUCCAGACUUCUUCUGUUUGUUUGAUGUUGUCUUUACCGCAACAAGUGGUGGAAAAGUGUAUUACAAAUGAGUACCGUCGCGGCCCAUACGGAUCACAGCUGAGAAACACUUUUUUUUUUUUUGGUGGCCCUCUAGGGGGCGCUCGCGUCCCAACAAGGGUUAGGAAACACUGGUAAAUACUAUAAAGCUGCCGGGGACUGCAGAUGGAAAGUAGCCUUUGGCUACAGUCCGGCACGUUUACAUUUCAUAUGUUCUUUAAUGUGCAUUGUCCUAUGUAAUGAAGAUGUAACAAAUAUAGCAAAUGGCUACUUCCUAUCUAUGAACGAGCUCAUUGGUGUGUCUCGAGUGACUGGCGAAAGUUAAGUGAUUCAGUGAUUCUCACAGCGUGCUCCAUCUUAAUUAAAUAUUCAAACACAGUGUUACUGUUCAAACUGUGUAUAAUGUUGCAGUGGCCAAAUUUUUUUUUUUUUAAAUACUUCUUGAAUAAAAUCUCUGCCUGUUUUUUUUCAUGAAUACUUAGGCCUACUACGCUACUGUAUUUUAAUGGUGGUCAUUACGAGCUUUCUGUGUGGAAUUUGCAUGUUCUCCCCGUGACUGCGUGGGUUUCCUCCAGGUACUCCGGCUUCCUCCCACCUCCAAAGACAUGCACCUGGGGAUAGGUUGAUUGGCAACACUAAAUUGGCCCUAGUGUGUGAAUGUUGUCUGUCUAGCUGUGUUGGCCCUGCGAUGAGGUGGCAACUUGUCCAGGGUGUACCCCGCCUUGCAGCUGAGAUAGGCUCCAGCACCCCCCGCGACCCCGAAAGGGACAAGCGGUAGAAAAUGAAUGGAUGGGGCAUUACGGUGGUACUUGGAAAGACAAGUGUUUUCUGAGGUGACGCUUGUGUUUGGGGACCGCUGAUGUAGACCACGCACAAGGAAGUGUUUGAAAUGUAGAAAAACAAAUCAUAAUAUUACCUCUUGAGCUAUAACUUUACCUGGCUAUAAUAACGUAUUAAAAAACCUGUCAUGUCCCGUGUUUCCCUGACCCGGCCUCACUUCUUACAGUGCCCAGACGCACACUCUUGACGGAAACAUUGAGACAGCUGCCAUUACAACCACAGGAAGUGAACUAGAAAGAAACUAUUGUCUGCAGCUGUGUGUUCGCUCGCGGCCAUUAAAGUUCCCAGCCUGCUUCUUCCACACCAAACUCAUCCAAGCAUGCAUUUGCUUUGUGCACUUUGAACAGAGAAGUGUCCAUGUCCACCCUAAAUGUUUUUAAAAAAAUUUAAAAUUGGGGUGGUAUGGUGGGGAUAUAAACUAAAAUAUUUUGACAUUUAGGGCAGACAACAGAUAUAUGAUGUAUGUGAAUAUGAUGUAAUGGAUAGGAAUGUCUGAUGCUGGAUGUCAAAAAAAAUAAAAUGAAUUUUUUUUUUUUUUUGACAAAAUAAUAGAAUGAUAAAUGGCACAAUAUGCUACUGCAUACGUCAGCAGACUAUAAAUAAUGUUUGUUUACUUACUAAUAAAAGAAAAGUUGUCUAGUUAAAAAAAAAAAAAGAAUAAUUACAGGCUACUUCUCUUGAAUCCGUAUCCCCACACUGUAGUGUUUUAUUCCCUUCCUAGAAUGUGUAUCAGAGCCCCCCAAUCCUCCCUCCUCCUGGACAUAAUACCGCACCUCCUCCCCUUCCAUCUGUGAUGUGAGGGGAUUACGGGUGGACGGCAGCCCGUCAGAGGCUCAUCCCGCACAGGCGGCAGUUGUCCGCGGCGCAGGGGCGUCGACGAUGGCAAACUAAUAACGUCUUUUUUUUUUUUUUUAAUCACCGCGGGCCCCUCUGGAGGAUCUCAGCACUGAGGAACACCGAGCAGGGGGCGCUGGGGGGACAAAGACGGGGACGCGAACGCACCCUCCGCCUCGCUCUCGGCUGCACAAGCAACGGGACCGACGGCGGUUGUGACGUUCCUCCGUGCUCUUUCGGCUGGACCGUGAACGCCUCAUGACAUGUUCGACACCGCCAGUAAUUCUCCACGCAGCACUCCGGGCAGCUCACCCUCCCUGCGGCGCCGGGUAUUGGGGGGCGGCCGGGCCAGCGAGAGCGAGGGCGGCGGGGAGAAGAGUGGCGGCGGAGGUGGUGGCUCCGACAGCCCCCUACCCUCCGUGCCAUCUGCGUCCUCCCUCACGUCCGCCUACCCGCUCGCUUCCAGGCAUUUCCGGAGCAAUGCCAAGAAAAUGCAGAGCUGGUACAAUGUUCUCAGUCCCACUUACAAGCAGCGGAACGAGGACUUUCGUAAAAUCUUCAAAAAGCUUCCCGACACAGAGCGACUCAUUGUGGAUUACUCGUGCGCUCUCCAGAAGGACAUCCUGCUUCAAGGACGCCUGUACCUGUCCGAGAACUGGCUUUGUUUCUACAGCAACAUCUUCCGCUGGGAAACCACUAUCACCAUCCUGCUGAAAGACGUUACCUCUAUGACCAAGGAGAAGACUGCCAAGCUCAUUCCAAAUGCCAUCCAGAUCAGCACAGACAAUGAGAAGCACUUCUUCACGUCUUUCGGAGCACGGGAUCGCAGCUUCAUGAUGAUCUUCCGCCUGUGGCAGAACGCACUGAUGGACAAGUCCUUGUCCCCCAAAGAGUUGUGGCACAUUGUGCACCAGUGUUACGGCACGGAGCUCGGCCUCACCAGCGAAGACGACGACUACGUCUCCCCGACGGCCGAACACAUGAACGGCCUACUGCCAGGAGAAGAGUCUGUGUCCGUCACAGAUCUUCUGGACUUGAGCUCGGUGUCGGCACCCUCCUCUGGCAGCUCGCCUCCACCCUUGGUGCCCUGCAGUCAGGCCAGCUCUCCUUCAGCUGCCACCGCCGUCAGCUCCUCUCCCCCGUCCUCGGCUACCUGCUUGCCCAUUGAGGUGCCCUCCUCGUCGGGACGCAGGCUCAGCUCAGACCCCCUGGAUCCCAGCCCGCCCAGCUCCCAUGGCUCACUUCCGUCUGCCGCUGCUCUUGCCAACACCUCUUCUUCCUUUAACCUUGAGGAGGGCGGGGACAGCCUGUCUGAAUCGGCCAAUCACAUGCUGCCCUUGCCCAGCCUGAGAAACCUCUCGUCGUUGGAUAUCACCAACGAUGAGGACCUGCCCACGGACCCGAGCAACUCGUCCGACACACAGGAAGAGAGUGAAGUGGAGUCCUUCUGCGCCAACUUGAGCGGGCGGCUAAACAUCAACACUGCCGUGCGGAUGAGUGUGGACAAGCUCCACGACUUGCUCUUCUCUGCCGACACACACUUCAUCCGACACCUCUUCUCCCAGCGACACUUUACCGAACUGACAGUGGGCAAGUGGCAGCAGGACGCCAGCAGCGGGAGCACCAGUCGUGUGCUCAGCUACACCAUCGCCCUCAACAACCCCCUCGGCCCCAAGACCGCCCCUGUGGUGGAGACUCAGACACUACACAAGAGCAGUGUUCAGGGCGAGUGUUACGUGGUGGACUCGGAGGUCAUCACCUCGGGCAUCCCGUACCAGGACUACUUCUACACCGUGCACAGAUACUGCCUCACCGCCAUCAGCAAGCACAAGAGUCGACUCAGAGUGUCCUCAGACAUCUGCUAUCGGAAGCAGCCGUGGAGUCUGGUCAAAGCGCUGAUUGAGAAGAACACCUGGAGCGGCAUCGAGGAGUACUACCGGCACAUGGAGAGCGAGGUGUGCAAGCUAGAGACGCUGUUGCAGACCGAGGUCACCGUAGUGACCACCGGUGACGCCACCAGUGCCGCCGAAACCGCCAGGUCCCCGAUGGCCCUGCGUCGACGUAAAAGGACCUGCUCCCGCCGGCAGGGGGACCGGGAGAGGGAUGGGGAAGGCACGGGCGCCUCAGACCGAGGCGACAGAGGAGUUGGAGAUGACCGAGACCUCAGACAAGCUGGUGCUCAGUAUAUGAAGCUGGGAGAGCGUGCACGUGGUGGAGCACAGAACAGUAUAUCCACUAUCCUGCUGAUCGUCAGCUUCAUUCUGGUGGUGCUGGUGGCGCUCAACAUGCUGCUCUUCUACAAGCUUUACGCCCUGGAGCGAGCGGCCCAUACACUGGAGACAUGGCACUCCUACUCACUAACAGACAGUCCUCUUCCGCAGACGGCAGGCGAGUGGGCUCAGGUGCUGCAGCUGCAGAGACAAUUCCACCAGGCGCAGCUCAGCAAGUGGCAGCAGAUCCUGCAGUCGUCCGUGGCUCUUCUUGACCAGAUGAAGCAGUCGCUCGAAAAACUGCACCAAGGCAUCGCGGUCCCAGGAGUCCAGCAGGACCCGGACCCAAUCCCGGAGACCCCGACGGACACCUGAGCCCCUGCCCCCGCCCCCAUGGUACUGCCACGCCCACUAUCACCGUUGCCAGGGAACAACAGAACAUGACCCACAACCACCCUCACCUGUUAGACUUGAAGCCACGCCCCCCGAGUGGUCAAUCAGCAAUAAUCUGAGAGAGGGGCGGGGCCAUAUGAGCAAGUACUUUUUUGGAUGCCACGUUUCAGCGAGGAAGGAGGGCUCCGCCCCCUCCUCUUCCUCCUUUCAGACAUACGCCUCCUCUUCCCAAGGCUGUUUUCUUGUUUUAUAUAAUAAUAAUAAUCGUAAUAAUGAAAAAGAAGUUAGUUAUUGUGGACCACUUGCAGUAUUUAUUCUAACCUUUUGACCUGACGUCUCGUCCUCACUUGCUGUCAAUCACGUUGGACCAAAAGGCGGAGCUGCUGGAGGACGACGCCCACAAUACGGACUCUUGUUGAAUGUUUGACGGUGGAAUAUUCAAAACAAUGUUGGUGCGUGUGUGAUCACAAGGAGUCCGCGUUACAUUUCAGAUGUUGCAUUUUCUUAAUGUUUGCCAAACUUGAAGGACCAACCGGAAAAAUCCGUGAGGGGAAAACAAAAAAAGGGAAUGUAUUUUCGUCCUGUUACUUUUUGUUUUGUUUUUUUUAAGAAAAAAAAAUCUCAAUAUUUUUCCUGUCUUUACAAUCCCCUUGCCCCGCCCCCCCAUGUUGUUUGGCCACGCCCACUCCUGGCUCCCAAUCACGUGGUCUCUUCACCCCCCCCUCUCUCCCUCCUUCCACCUGCUUGCUGUGGCCCUGCUGUGCGCGGCCGCACCAGCAACAUGUCGUGUUAUUUAUUAUGAAGGGGCGGAGACUGUGACGUAAAAAAGGGGGCGGAGUCCAGAAUGUACUGUGAACACGUGAUUGUGCACGCGGAGAGAAAUGGAAAAAAAAAAAAAAAAAAAAGUACAAAAAAAAAUGUCCUUGCUUGUGUUUUUGUGUUUGCUGAGGAGUCAACAUCAUGAAUUUAGCAGUGAAAAAAUUCUAAAUAUUUAUCUAUAAAUAAAGCAAUAUUUAAUAAUUUCAAUGAAAUAAGAUUUUUUUUCUUCACUUGGUAAUGUAAUGAUUUAAAAUUGUUUAAUAAUAUUUUCUUCACUUGGCGAGGUCAUAACGUGUAUGAUAUAAUUUAUUAUUUUAAUCAAUUUUGUUAAUACUAAAUAUUUUCUUCACUUUGUGAGGAAAUCAUUUAUCAACUACACGUUGGAUAUGAAAAAAUAGUGUGAUAUAGUUUUUAAAACAAUUUCAAUCAAAUUAGCUCAUACUAAAUAUUUAAUUAAUACAGUAUAUUGCCAAAAGUAUUUGGCCACCUGCCUUGACUCACAUAUGAACUUGAAGUGCCAUCCCAUUCCUAA